AUGCCGCGCGAGAUCGUGUCUAUUCAAGUCGGCCAGUGUGGCAACCAGCUCGGCCUUAAGUGGUGGGAUGUCAUGUUGGAGGAGCACAAGGCCAACCCGCAGUACCCCGACGCCCGCGACGCACUUUUUAUCUCGGAGCCUGUGGGCAGAGAUGGCAGCACGGCGCUGCGGGCACGUUGCGUCGCGAUUGACAUGGAGGAGGGCGUGCUGCGCUCCAUGCUGCGUGGCCCGCUGCAGGACGUUUUUGAUGCCACCUUUUUUGUAUCCGACGUCAGCGGGGCGGGAAACAACUGGGCGGUGGGGCACAUGGAGUACGGCGACAAGUACAUUGAUAGCAUCUCGGAGUCGGUCCGGGGGCAGGUGGAGCGCUGUGACAGCAUUCAGUCCUUUUUUGUAAUGCACUCGCUGAGCGGUGGCACCGGCUCCGGCUUAGGCACACGCGUGCUGGGGAUGCUGGAGGAUGAGUUCCCGCACAUUUUUCGCAUCUGUCCUGUGGUGACGCCGGGGGCCGUGGACGACGUUGUGACGGCGCCGUACAACACCGCCUUCGCCGUGCGGGAGCUCAUUGAGCACGCGGAUGCGGUGCUGCCGCUGGACAACGACGCCCUCGCCCGCAUGGCAGACGCCGCACUGGGGCGCAAGUCCGUAAGCAACGCGGCCGGGGAGGUGAUACGUGGCGGGGUGCCGGAUGUCCACAGCUACAGCGUGGCACAGCCGACCAAGACAAAGCUGCCGUACGACUCCAUGAACGCGCUUGUGGCGCAGCUGCUGAGUAACCUGACGUGCGCGAUGCGGUUUCCGGGGCCGCUGAACAUGGACAUCAAUGAAAUCACGACCAACCUCGUUCCCUACCCACGACUCCUGUUUCUGACGUCCGCCAUUGCCCCACUUAACGUCGCGCGGUACUCGGCAGCCGCCGGACCGCGUUCCGUGGAUUCUUUGCUCACUGCCUGCCUGGAGAAGGACCACCAGUUUGUCGACGUCUCCGGCGGGACCCAGUCGGCGCUGACGCGGGACGCGGGCACUUGCCUGGCCACCGCCCUCAUUGCCCGUGGGCCGCAGGUUACGGUUGGGGAUCUCGCUCGUAACAUUCCACGCAUUCGCGCGCGGCAAAAGUUGGUCUACUGGAACGAGGAUGGAUUCAAAACAGCCCUCUGCAGUGUGAGUCCCCUGGGACACCGGAAUUCAGUGCUGAUGCUAUCCAAUCACUGCUCCAUUGCGCAGAAGCUACAGACAAUCUACGAGCGCUUCAUGCGGCUUUAUAAGGUUCGCUCCCACGUGCACCAUUACGAAAGAUUUCUUGAGUUAUCGUACUUUGAUGCCUCCGCGGAGAUCCUCUCGACGACGGUGGAUGACUACAACUUUUUGAACACCGUGGAGCCCCCGGCGGAUGUGCCGCGUAGCAUGCGGGAGUUGGUGUACUACUAG